AUGGGCAGCUCAGAAUCAGGUUCCGACAAGGGAGGGCAAUCUAAGCGCAAGCGGAUGAAGUCGCUAUUCAAAACGGGCUUCGCGCGCGGGAAAGAGGAACUCGUCAAAGGCCGGAUCGUGCUAGAACACUCGCUCGGGCUGGGCCACAAACCCAACAUCAUCCCGGCGGCGGAGCCCCGCACCAACCAGCGGCCCCGGACGGUCGAGAUCGGGUGGCAUCCGGUGGGCGGGACGGCGGGCAAGUGGUUCGCUGAGCGGACCAAGCUCGGGGCGUGGAUCACGGAGAACGUGCACAAGUACCCAGACCCGUCGCAGCACUGGGCGGUGCUGGUGGGCGACUACUGCCACGAGCUGUGGAUGGACGAGAACCUCGACAUCAUCUACGUGAACGGGCGGGUGGACGCCGAGGAGUGGCGGACGUUCCGGGUGGGCGAGACGCGGUUCAACGACGAGGCGCUGCGGCAGGCGGGCGAGAUGGUCAUCUACUCGAUGCGGCAGAAGAAGGCCGCCUACAACCUCAUCAGCAACAACUGCCAGAACUUUGCGCUGCUGAUGCUCGACGCCAUCCAGCUCGGGGCGGCGGAGCGGACCGAGUUCGCCACGACGCUCGCCGUGGUGCAGACGGCAACGGGGUCGGGCAAGGUUCGGGAUCUGUUCGCCGAGACGCAGCCGAACGAGCAGCAGCAGCAGGCGGCGCUAGAGCAGGCCGACAAGGACAAUCCCAUUGUGGCGUUGGCAAAGAGGUUGAUGGAUGAGCAUACCAAGAAGCUAGACAGUCACCAGCACGCUCGGUGA